AUGGCUCUACGAACUAUGUUCCUCUUGAUCAUGGCGUUCGUGGGACUUUUUGGCAAUCUUGGAGUGAUGGCAGAUUGUACCGACACCAUCCCCACCACCAAUGGCUGUACUCUCACCUUCACACCCUGGAUAACUCCUCAAAUCGCCCCUACCACCACUUACUACCGUGAACUUCUGACUACUCACUACUUUGUUGUUGACUGUGACUUCUGCACCGUCACCAAUGCUCUGAACCACAAUCCUAUCGUCUGGGGUCCUUUCACGGAAGCCACCACCGUUGAUGUCCUGACAAUCAGCCGGGUUGCAUGCAUUCCUUCAGGUUCAGCAACAACACGAGGAGUCGAGCCCACCCCAACACCUCCAGUGCUAGCUGCUGUGCACCCCAAGGUGAAUUUGGUCUUGCCCUCUGCAGAUGACACCAAUGACAUGGAAGCCGCUCCUUUGGGCCACUUGACACGGCGUUCAGAGCAUGGUGCCUUGACAGAUUUGGUCAUGACUUUCAUCAAUGACAUUCCCCCUGAUGCUCGCCAACUUCCCGGUCGUGCUCAGGAGCUCAUGACAGCUGUUAUGUCGGCUGAGUUUGCUCUCAAUGUUGCAGACAGUGGCUUGAACGCUUCGUGGGCUUGUGCUGAAGUCCAAACAAGUGAAGUCAAGUACCAAUUGAAAGAAUCAUGGCUUGAUCCCGACCAGGUCAAGGCUAUCCUUUGCUGGAUUGCAGAUCAUGGUUACAACUUCAACACCACUCGAGCUGAGCUUUAUUCCAAUCUACAGGCUGCUGUCUAUGCUCUACAACUUGCCGGGGAUUUCACACACAAUCGAACUGAGAUCUGUGACAACCUCGACCUCUUCUAUCGAGUUGGCGGCUACUUGGGUAUCAACACCAAGGCAUUUGAAGAAUAUGCCUGUAGCCACCUUCCUUCAGAGACUCCUUCUCCAUCUGGCUAUUAUGGUGCCACUCCGGUGAUCCCUCUCAUCCCAUACCCAGUCAACAGCACCACUUCUUGGGGCCAUCCCACUCCUUGGAACCCCAACGCCACCAUCUGGCCAACUGGAGCACCUAGUGCAACAUAUGCGACAGUUUUCAACCACACUUCUGGAGGUACUGGUUAUUCAGCCUCUUCUCGUGGGACAGGUACUGGUCAACCUACCCAUCCAGGAAACUGGACUUCUGUUCUUCCUACAGGGACUGGGCAUUCCGGCAACUUCUCGUAUGCUUUACCCUCAGUGACUGGAUGGACUACAAGCACAAUCUCCGGCACUGCCGGUUCCACCAGUCAUCCAGAUGUCACUCCAACUCUCAAUGGAAGUACUGCAAUUCACGUCCCUCUUGAUCCCAAUGCCAAGGCAUUCUAUCCUGCCGUUCAAAACCAACAAGAGAAGGAGCGUCGAGGUUGGUUCAAGCGAUACUAG